AAGUGCGUUUCCUUUUCAAGGGCCUGUGUGUAGAAGACAGCUGUAGUCCCUGGGUGUGCUGCGCUUCCGUAACGCUUAAAAACGGUUCGCUUCAGGCGGCUUGCCAUUUACCGACUUCCUUGGUCAGUAAUACGCCGCAACAGUUGUGUUUUCUUGGCUGAAGCGUUUGUUUUUGUAACGAUACACGCGCUGUGUUUUUAUAAUUGAAACGCAUACAACCGCCGCUGUCUUAACGGUUUUGGGGGGUAACGUUAUAUUUGUAUGCACAGACGAGCCGAACAUCUUUUGUCUGCUCUGCAUUGAUGUUAGAGGAAAGCUCUCUGGAAGAUCUGUUUUUGCUGAAUGUGUGAAUGACCACGUCUGUAUCUUCUGUUGAUACAUUCUGGUUGGUUUGACCCACACAUGGACUAAGUGGACAAAACAUCUCUAACUUUAAGGCAUUUGGACACCGAGGGCUGAUCAUCUAGGGAACACAUAGGUUUUUGGCCAGUUCUGGCUGCAGCUGUAUGCCCCAGGCUCAGCUCUGAUGUUACCGGCUGAAACGGGUUGACUGUGAGAGGACGAUUUCCCUCGGCUAUGUCUACCAUUGAGACAAUCUGGCCUCCGGGCACUGAGUGUGUGGCCAGGUACAACUUCCCUGGAACGGCAGACCAGGACUUGCCUAUGUGCAAAGGAGAUGUUCUUACUAUAAUUGGAGUAACUAAGGAUCCAAACUGGUACAAAGCAAAAAAUUCAGCAGGACGAGAGGGUACCAUACCAGCAAACUACGUUCAGAAGAGAGAAGGAGUGAAAUCUGGCGGUAAACUGAGCCUUAUGCCAUGGUUCCAUGGAAAGAUUACACGCGAGCAGGCCGAGAGACUGCUCUUCCCCCCAGAGACGGGCCUCUUCCUGGUGCGCGAGAGCACUAACUACCCCGGCGACUACACCCUGUGUGUUAGCUGCGAUGGCAAGGUGGAGCAUUACCGCAUCAUCUACCACAACGGCAAACUGUCCAUCGAUGAGGAGGAGUACUUUGAAAACCUCAUGCAGCUCAUGGAGCACUACACUAAAGAUGCAGAUGGACUCUGUACCAGACUUAUCAAACCUAAACUCAUGGAGGGGACUGUGGCGGCCCAGGAUGAGUUCUCUAGAAGUGGCUGGGCUCUGAAUAGAAAAGAACUGAAGCUUAACCAGACUAUUGGAAAGGGAGAGUUUGGAGAUGUGAUGGUUGGAGACUACAGAGGCAAGAAAGUAGCGGUGAAAUGUAUCAAAAAUGACGCAACAGCGCAGGCCUUCGUUGCAGAGGCUUCGGUCAUGACGCAAUUACGGCAUAAUAACUUGGUACAGCUACUGGGGGUGAUUGUGGAAGAGAAGGGCAGCCUCUUCAUUGUCACUGAGUACAUGGCCAAGGGUAGUCUAGUGGACUAUCUGCGCUCCAGAGGACGUACUGUUAUUGGUGGAGAUCGUUUGAUCAAUUUCUCAAUGGAUGUCUGCAAGGCGAUGGAGUAUCUCGAGGCCAAUAACUUCGUGCACAGGGAUCUGGCGGCUCGUAAUGUUCUAGUGUCAGAAGACAACAUAGCAAAAGUCAGCGACUUUGGCCUCACCAAGGAAGCGUCAUCUACUCAAGAUACAGCCAAACUCCCGGUUAAGUGGACUUCACCUGAGGCCUUACGAGAGAAGAAGUUUUCCACUAAGUCAGAUGUAUGGAGCUAUGGCAUCUUACUGUGGGAGAUCUAUUCCUUUGGUCGGGUACCAUAUCCACGAAUUCCUCUGAAGGAAGUUGUCCCACGUGUAGAGAAGGGUUAUAAGAUGGACGCCCCCGACGGCUGCCCGGCAGUGGUGUAUGACAUCAUGAAGCAGUGCUGGACUCUGGACGCUGUGGUGCGGCCCAGCUUCAGAGAACUGAGAGAGAAACUUCAAGAUAUCAUAACCAAUGAGCUGUACCGAUAAAAGACAAAAACUAAAGGAAAAACACAAGAGGAAGUCCUCCAUGGGACCAUUCUCAUACAAUCUGACCAAAAUCUACUCUUAAAGCCGUGGACUUGAAAACUUCAGCAGAAUUUUCUUUUGCAAGCGCAUCCUUGUUUUUUCUUUGCAUUGUUUUCAUGGCUUGGUUUUCUUCAUUUUGGGGAGGCUGGCCUUCUCUACACCAACUCACCUCUUUUUGAUUCACAAGAUCUUCAGCCUCCUCUGAUAUGUCCUCAUACGCUCCUUCAUUACGGACUUUUGAUUAUGAUAUAGUACUUUCUGCCAAAAAAAAAAAAAAAAAGAAAAGAAAGAAAAAUCAGCUUUACUACUAAUUCUGCCCAUAAAACAACAACAACAAAACAAAAAAUAUAAUGAGAAAUGACAUUCGGCACCUAUAAGGCAGGUUUUCUGCAAUAUCUUAGACCCAAGAACAAUAAUUGGCACUUAGGGAAACCGUAUGUUCAUCCCAAACUGUUUUCAUUUCCAGUAGCCAAUGAAAUACAUGAGAGAAUCUUUCUUCCAUUUCACAGUGCCUUCACGCCAGAAGCCUGUCUCGCCCCAGAGCUUGUUUUUUAUUUUAUUUUUUUAAAUAUGGUGUACAAGUGCUAUGAUUUCCUGUUGUCUUUCUCAUCUUUCCAAACAUGUGUCAGUCUGAGCCUCAACCAGAAAUGAUGAAUAUAAACAUUGUAGGCCUUUUAAAAGAGAUGUGGCUUGGGUGGAAGCUGAAAUGGGAUAGUUCACCCAAAAAUGAAAAUGUGGUAAUCAUUUACUCACCCUCAAGUUGUUUUAAACCUUUAUGAGUUUAUUUUUUCUGUUGAACACAAAAGAAGAUAUUUUGAAAAAUGUUUCUGGUCCCCAUUGACACUUUUUCAUCCUAUGGAAGUCAAUUGGGAUCAAGAUAUCUUCUUUUGUGUUCAACAGAAGAAAGAAACUCAAACAGGUUUAGAACAACUUGAGGGUGAGUAAAUGAUGACGGCAUUUUAAUUUUGGGGUGAACUAUCCCUUUAAUCCAAAAUAAAAAAUAUAUAUAUAAAAAGACAGAGAAAUUAUACAAAAAAAAAAAACACACAAAUACAGAUUUGUGAAAUAUUUGUUAUAUAUUAUAUGCUGAUUUUGCAGUGCUUUUUUUUUUUUUUUUUUUUUUUGCUGCCAUAUUUCAGUUAAAAUCAUUCCACCUGAACAGUUUGAUAAAAACAAAAGAUAAAUGACAAAAAAAUAAAAGGCUGCCAAACAGA